UCACAAACGUAGCUCGUCCCCGGCUGACGUUCCCGGAGACGGGAGCCUGCUGGCGGAGCGGAGCAGCCCGGCCCUGCUGGGUGCCGGCUCCCGCGCUCGGCGCUGACCACCGCGCCGGGGGGAUGCUGCCCCUCCGUCCCGCGCUGCUGCCCAAGCGCUACCGCGGCGGCUCGGCUCCGCGCUCGCGGCCGGGCCGCGCGGCCGCCCGAGCGACGGCGGCAGGAGGAGGAGAAGGGCGCGGCGGCGGCGGCAGCACCGGCGGCGACGGAUCCCCCGCGCCGGUCCCGCGGGGCGGCGCCGGGUCGGUGCGGGUGCCGGUCCGGCGGCGCGGGCCGGGGUCGCCGCGGGCUGCCCGGAGGGGGGCGGAGCAGGAGCCGCCGCGCCCGUGCCCGCGCUGGCCGCUAGGGGCCGCUGCCGCUCCCCGCAGGGCGCGGGGGGGCGGGGCCGGCGGGCGCGGCGCGAGGCCCGGUCGCGCGGCGGCGGCGGCGUCGCUCCUGUUGGCCCAGCCGGCGGCGGCCAUGGCGGCCGUGCUGUCCCCGCGCCUCUGCGACAGCGACCCGGCCACGCCCGGCGCGCAGUCCCUCAAGGAUGACACAGAAGAAAAUUCCAAUGAUGGCAGCCAGCCAUCCAAAAGGCGGCGUAUGGGCUCAGGGGACAGUUCACGAAGCUGUGAAACUUCCAGUCAAGACCUUGGGUACAGUUAUUUUCCUGCUGAAAAUUUGAUAGAAUACAAAUGGCCACCUGAUGAAACAGGAGAAUACUAUAUGCUUCAGGAACAAGUCAGUGAAUAUUUGGGUGUAACUUCCUUUAAAAGAAAAUAUCCAGAUUUAGAAAGGCGAGAUUUAUCUCACAAGGAGAAACUCUACCUCAGAGAACUAAAUGUUAUCACAGAGACUCAAUGCACACUAGGUCUAACAGCUUUGCGUAGUGAUGAAGUAAUUGAUCUCAUGAUUAAAGAAUACCCUGCCAAACAUGCUGAGUAUUCUGUUAUACUGCAAGAGAAGGAACGGCAACGAAUAACAGAUCAUUACAAAGAGUAUUCUCAAAUGCAGCAACAGAACACACAGAAAGUAGAAGCCAGUAAAGUUCCAGAAUAUAUUAAAAAGGCUGCCAAGAAAGCUGCAGAAUUCAACAGCAAUUUGAACCGAGAGCGGAUGGAGGAAAGAAGAGCCUAUUUUGAUUUACAGACACAUAUUAUCCAGGUGCCUCAAGGAAAAUACAAAGUCUUGCCUACAGAGAGAACAAAGGUUAGUCCUUAUCCAGUGGCUCUCAUACCCGGACAGUUCCAGGAGUACUACAAAAGAUACUCUCCAGAUGAACUUCGUUACUUGCCACUAAACACAGCCCUUUAUGAACCUCCUUUGGAUCCGGAGCUGCUUACACUGGACAGUGAUGGAGAUUCAGAUGAUGCAGAGGAAGGGCGAGGUGAUGAAAAGAGGAAAACCAAAGGCAAUUCGCCAAAGGUCAUUCCAAAUGCUAUAUGUGGAAUUUGUCUGAAGGGUAAGGAGUCCAACAAGAAAGGAAAACCUGAAGCUCUUAUACAUUGCUCCCAGUGUGACAACAGUGGCCACCCUUCUUGCCUUGAUAUGACCCCGGAGCUUGUUGCUAUGAUUAAGACUUACCCUUGGCAAUGUAUGGAGUGUAAAACCUGCAUUAUAUGUGGGCAGCCUCACCAUGAAGAAGAAAUGAUGUUCUGUGAUGUAUGUGACCGUGGUUAUCACACUUUUUGUGUGGGGCUUGAUGCUAUCCCUUCAGGUCGCUGGAUUUGUGAUUGUUGUCAGAAAGACCCUCCUGUACCCAGAAGAGGAGGAAGAAGGGGGAAAAACAGCAAGGAGGGCUAAGAAAGCCCUAAAUACUUGCUGUCCAAAACUUAAC